AUGUCUACAAAUCAAGCUGAAAAGUACAAGAUAUCUGUUUGUGUAAAGUUCAAGUUGGCGGUCGAUUUCUUUGAUACUCAAGAACGUGGUUAUCAUUCUUACCUGUUUUUCAUUGGCUUGGGAAAUUUCUCUCAGCUGCAUCUUUUCUAUUUAUGUUCUCCUCUUUUCUCAAUAUUUUUUGUUGUUUCUUCCAACCUUUUCUCAAUAUUUUUACUUUUAAUUUUUUUGGCAGUAUUUUUUGGUUCUCUUUCUUUUUUUCACUAUUUUGUUUUUGUUUUUUUGUAUUUCACGUUUUUUUUUCGUUCGUUUCUUUUUCUAUUUUUGUGUUUUCCCCCUCUUUCCUUUCCUCUAUAUCUUUUUUUAUAUCCUCUUUUUUCUUUUCCUCGCGAUUUUUGUUUCCGCUCUUUUAGUUUUCUUACUCUUUUUUCUCUUUUUCUUUUUCUCAAUUUCUUUUUUUAUUUUAACGCAUACAUUUUUUUUCCGUAUAUUUGUAAUCACUCGAUUUUUUCUUAG